UCAGUCUCUAUUCCUACGUGCGCGCAACAAGACCUCUCGAUAGGCACAAGGCAAAGCAAAGCAGAGAAGAGCCCGCUUCCCGCGCUUGCUGCUCACUAAAAUAACUAAUUAAAUUUCGGUCAGACAUAAAAUGACUCACGAGUCCUAGUUGUUCGGUGCCUAGAAUGCAGGAGCCUUUCCCAGGCAACAACAGUGCCGCCGCUCCAUAUAAGCCACAAGCGCUGGCCCCCCGAGGAGAUGCAAGUGUAUAAUAUGUUUCUGUUUCUGUUGCGACGCCAAAUUGCAUUUGCGGUCAUUACGCCGCAGCUCGAUCCUUAGAUCGCUCCACAAUCUCUUUAUUGACUUGAAUUCCCUCCGCCGGCGGUGGGCCAUCGGUCUGGUCCACCCCCAUUUCGGAACGCGGCGCCAGCCAGCGUUUUCCAAUGAUGCAAAUCUCAUUUCUCCACAUACUUAAAGUAAUUUUCGUGCUCUCAACAAUUGUCUCAGUCACAGAUUGUUGUUCGAGCCGGAUCUUACUCCUUCGUGAGCACACGCUGAAAAUUGUGCAGCAUCAGCACGAUUAUCACAUGCAUGAGCAUGCGCACGAGCUGCAGCAGAAAAUCGAGGAGACAGCGGUCAAGAUGCUCAACCAGUUGGAGCUGCAGCGUCACCAGCUGGAGGCCUCGGCCCAGGACGCGGCAGAAGAGUUGCGUCAGGAUGCGGAUACGGACACAGAAAGCGAUCCUAAUCCGGAUCCGGACAAAGACAAACUGUACGCGGAGCCUUUUGAGGAGGCGACUGAGGCCGGGAAUCUGGCACAGGAAGCAGCUAUCUUGGGAUCCACUACUGCAACCUGGUUGACUGCAUCUUCCUCCUCCUCCGAAACUGUGACCAUGACCACAACUGUCGCCACUGACACGGGAGACUCUCGCCCCAUUGAGCAGAGCUCCUCCAAUCCGCUUGACUUGAGCACACCCAGACCAGAGGACAAGGGAACUAACCGCACUAAUGAAACCGAAGUUCAGAUGCUGCCCUGCAGCGAGGAGUACAAUGCGAGCUUCUGCUUGAACGGCGGCCAUUGCUUCCGCCAUCCGAUGGUCAACAAUACGGUCUUUCACUCCUGCAUCUGCGUCAACGACUACGAUGGGGAGAGAUGUGCCUACAAGAGCUGGAAUGGUAAGUGCAAUAUUUCUACAGAAUUAAAAUUCCAUAAUAAAGAGACUUCUCUCGACCCUGUGAUUUACCAAAUAAUUUACAACUACGAUAAAUUCCCAUUUAUCCUUGCAGGUGACUAUGUCUACACACCGCCGACUCUGCACAGGAAAGUCCGGAUGGCUCAGAUCGUCUUCUCGUUUCCCGUGCUGAUCAUGCUCUCGUCACUCUACGUUCUCUUUGCGGCCGUGUUCAUGCUCCGCAAUGUGCCGGAUUAUAAUCGCCGGAAGCAGCAACAAUUGCAACACUUGCAUAAUCAACGUUUUUUUGUCAGAUGUUAAGAGGUCCUUCUUCUUCCACGCGAAGAAUAGGCUCUCCUUUGGGUUUUGAUUUGGAAACAAUUUUGGUUUCACGCCUAAAUAUCGACUCUUUUUUUUCUUUUGUUCCUUUGAUGGCAAAUUCUUUGACCAAAUGUUGUAUUUCUUUACGUUGCGCAGCGUAUAAUUAAUGCUUUAAUUUAUUGAAUACAUUUAGUGUACUUGGUAGGAUUUUCUAUUUAGUUUUGCAAAAAGACUCACAAUUAUAUAGUAUUUGCUUUUUUCUUGAUCAUUUCUUAUAAGUUUCGUUUUGUUUCGCUUUUGAAGCUUUCGUUGGAGCUUUUGUAGCUUGUUGUUUUUGUGGUAACAUUUAGUUACGUUAAAUUAUAGCCAUAACGAAAUAUUAAGAACGUACUUAGAACAUAAUCUCUUAGCGCUUACUCCAAGUUACCAGGACAAAUGGUUAUUAUAAUUAAUUUUUUUUGUAACACUCGGUUACGCAGACAUCGUGUAUAUUGUUUAGAGAGAAAAACUAUACUUUUUGUACUUGUAUUAAAGAUGAGGAAUAUGGGACUCGAAUCGACGGGACUAUAAAACA